UAUUAAAUUCCUAUACAGGAGUUAUACAUAUCCAUGCAUACAACUCUGAAUUGAAAGUUUUAGAUAGGAAAAUAACAAAAUGCAAAAGUAAAAGAGAUAGAUGUAGUAUUAUACCUUUAAAAGUAUAAAAGAUAAUGAGUGACAAAGGAUAGGAAGAGAAACAAAACGUGAGAAGAGAUAAAGAUAAAUCAAGACGUAGAAGAAAUUCCCGAUAUACUUCAACCGUGUGAAGUAGUUGCUAAUCUUUUGUCUGCCGAAUUUGAAAUAUUAUGUUGACGAAAAUUAUUAAAUAGUUAUCAAAAAAUAUGUGUAAACCGCAAUGAAGAGAAACGUGGGUGAAAAUGCGAAAAAAUUGUGAUCAACGAAAAUCUAUUAAUAAGUAGAAAAUUGUUGGCAAUUGUCUAGUGAUAAAGUGAAAAUAUUACAAAUACAUGCUCAUUUAAAAUAUAAAAUGUGUUAAGAGUAUUGUAAGAAUGAAGGAUAAACGGUGAGAAAAAAAAUAAAAUUUAUAUGAAAAGAUGAACGACAAAGUCGAAGAAAAUUUGUCUGUGUGUGUGAAAAGACAUUGAAUAAGUAGAGAAAAAAUUAUUGCAAAAUAAAAGCCAUUAAUCUGCAAAGAGUGGUCAAUUUUUCUUUUUCUUCUUUUUAAAUGGAAUUAUUGUUUAUAAAAAGUUGUCAAGUGUUUUCUAAUAAAUAUGUUAAUGUUUAUAAGUGAUGUUAUCAUCUUUAAGGUAUAAUAUUUGUGUAAAAUUAUGGUGAAACAAUACGUUUAAAACGGCCACUUAAAAAAAGAAAGUUAUAAAUGUACAAAAUCUUUCAUAUUAGUAAAGUAUUAAAAGGCUUAAUGUAAGGAUGAUAUCUUGAUAAUAGUAGGGUCAGAAGUACUGACAUAAAAACCAAAGUUCAUCAAAAUCAAAAAGCGUAUGUGUAAAGUUAAAAAAUUUCGCGAUUGACAACUGAAAGAAGAUUUGGUAGGAGUAGGAGUAAAAAUGGUAGAACACGGUUCAAUCAAGCCAGCAAGGUGAUGAAAAUCAUGAGCAAACUGCGCAAUAAACCCAAGGAAAAUCUAUUUCACGAUACACAACUAAAUGUUUAAAUCCGUAAAUCAAACAGUAACAAAGAUUAGCUAAGUGAAACCCUAAUGAAAAUAAAUGUUGGCCUCAAAAACACUAAACCCAAUAUUUUAUACACCGGUUCUGCUUCUUAUAUACUUAUAAUAGCAACAACUAUUUAAUCAACACAUAUUGAUAGAAUAAAUAAUACAAUGCACCAUAUUGCCGUUUGCGCGCCGAGAGAAUGAUAAUAUUCAUCGUAAUUGCAGAUGCUACCGACUUCACCGAAGGUGCACGAACGCAACGAAUAAAAAACAAACAAAAAACUAACUAGCAGAUGUAUAGCAGAUAAUUUUAAACAAGCAAAAUAUAAAUGGGACUAAAUCACAUUAUAUACAUUUGUAUAUAUUCAUAGAUACCAUGGGUUAUACACCUAUAAAGUAAAAAAGAUAGUUCUUUUAUUGAAAAAAACCCUUCCGUUGUGUUUCCAAAAUCACUUUAAAAAAGUUAUUGCGAUACCUUUGCAUAUUAAAAUAAAAACUAUUAACUUGCUGUUUUCGAGAAAGUGUAAAAUCCUUGGAAAAAAAUUUAAUCAACUUUAACUCCAACGGUAACGCCUGUAACAGCAGCAUUUAUCGGAAAAAAUAAUAACGUUUGUUAAGAAAAAACCACACAUUGAAACAAAAAUGUCUUAGUUGGGUAUGCGAGAUUUAGUAAAACGUUUACUAAACCCAAUGAAAUGGAUAUGAAAAAAAUUCCAAAAUCACGAAUGGAAGAUCUUGAGCGUCGCCAACAGAGAGAACGUGAAAAACAUAAACGUCAGCAAGUGCAAAGUGUCGGCCGUGAGUAUGCCCUCUUUCCUGAACCGCGAAGAGUGAACCCUUCCGAGGUAGAUGACGAUAUCACCGCCAAACUGGGCGAUCAUUCUAAAGCCAUUGAGUUUAUGACUACGGAAGGAGUUGGUGUACAGCCAUCCUCCAACAAUGCCUUGCUGGCUAGUCAUAUACAAACAAGUGCCUCGUCCUCAGCUGGCGGCAAUAAUAUCGGUAACGUCUCUAUGUCCACCAAUUUAUUGUCUUCUUCGCAUCGUUCGUUAGCUGGUCCAGCUGUUUCGCAGACUCUUCAGCAAACAACGCAACAAACUCAUCACUACCAACAACCAUUGCGUCAACAACCGUAUCUAAAGCAGCCUGAUAACAAGCCACCGUAUAACGGACGGGGAAGUUAUUCGGUUCAGUCGGUAAAAAAUGACUUACGACCUAGCAGUGGAAUGGCACCACCAAAAGGUCCUCCACCUUUGUUACCACCACCGUCUGGGGUUAUAGGUGGCAACACUGGAAAUAGCAGCAGUUUAAGUUCAACAUCUUUGCUACCACCACCAUCGAAUGGGUAUUUGGGACCUCCUAAAUCGACAGCACCUCUACAUAAUGGACGGUUUCCUAAACCUUUGCCGAAGUCAAUAAAUGAUAUAAUCUCUAAAGUGGAUCAAACUUAUCGCGCUCCUGAGCAAAUUACUAAAAUAGCCGCAACACCACGUACAAGUAUUGCUGAUUACAAUCUGAAUGGACCUAAUCGCCACAAAUAUUCAGUUGGGCCGGUACAACCUAUCUUAGGUUCGCCACCUUCCGGAGCAGAAUUAUUACAGAGCGCGGUUCCACUACCCAUAACACCAAUAUCAGCUCUACCUGCAACCCCUAAUCCUCAGAUCAUAUCAAACACUUGUGGGAUAACAACUAUUAGUAGCGGUAUGCCAACAAUAAUGUCUAGUGCUGUCACAUCGGCUGCUAUCGGAACAACGGCGUUAGGUUCACCGGUUGUGACGACAGCCGUUAGACAAGGACUUUUAAUGUCUAAGGAGUCUUUAAAACCACUAAUGGAACAAGUUGGACCAACGUUAGAAAAACAGAACUCUACGUUGGAAAACGAUUUGGAGCUUUCAGAAUCAGAUGAUGAUCGUCGAAAACAGAGUCGUUCAGUUCAUAAUUCCAGUGAUAGUUCACCCUCAGAUUCUAGCGAGUCUGGCAGUGAAGAAUCUUCAAAGAGUGAAAACCAUCGAUCGUCACAUUCGUCGCUUCAGCAACAGUCCUCGGCCCACAAUCCAAAAUCACUUACACAAAAUUCACUUCAGCAACAGCAACAACAGCAGCCGCAACAAACGGCUCAAUCAGUUGGACGUACAGUUGCAAAUAAACUCUUAAAUGAUAAAUCAAAGAUUGUUGAACAACUUGUUGUUAGCCGUUCAAAUAUUUAUCUAAACAGUAAUGCACUGGGUUCGGCGGGCUCUUCCAGUUCGGGGCCGAGUUCAACGUCUUCGUCAUCCAAUAAAACUCCGUCUCCUUCAGAUUCGAGUAAAUGGAAUUUAAGCCGAUACUUUAGUAAAAAGCCUGCCCAAGCACAAAAUGCCACUCCACCACCAGCAAAUUCGCUGGUUGUAAAUUCAAUUAAUGUAAGCAUGGAUGAACCGACUCUGUUACCAGGUGGGGCCCAAAUAAUACCUGAAGCUACACAAUCCCAACCUAAUCCCACGAUCGUGAAGCACGAGAAUAGCAGUUAUGGAGUAGCGAAAAAGUUCUCCUCUCGCAGUGACGGUGAUGAUGAAGAAAGUAAUGGUCUUCGCAAUUGCGAUGCACGUAGCGUUGUAGUGAAUUCAAGUGGAGUUAAAACACAUAUGAGUGGAGGUGUGCCUACGUUUAUAAAUGAAAUAAAAAAAGAAGCUGAUGUGCUUUAUCCAAGCUCAUUGAAAGCUAAUUCCUCUGGUACAACACAGGCACAUGUCCAUGUCUCAUCUCAGCAACAACAAACGCAGGUACCUCUGUUAAAUGCUGCAGAAUUUGUUGCGAUACCAACGAGCCAAAUAAAACACGAAGUUCCUGGCUUAACAACAGUAGCAACAUCAACUGUUGCCCCAAUGUCUUUGGCGGGUGGUACUACCACUGUCACACCUUACAACACUUCUACCAUUAGUGGAAAUGGACACAGGCGCACGCCUUCCGCAUCGCCACAUAUGCGUACCAGUGUUACAGGUACGGCGAAGAGGCGUGUUGGCCAAUUAUCAGCACCAUCCAGUGAUGGACCUACAUCGAACAGUAGUGAUGAUGAAGAUGCACUGACAACAUCUACAAGGUCUACCGUACCAACCUUGGGUCCAGGUGGCACGUUGAAAAUACCUGGGGUACCCGCAGCUAUCACAGCAUUGCCGCCUUCAACGUUACAGCCAUUGGCAUCAGCGCCCACAGUUCCAAAUUCAAUAACGGUAUUACCUAUCAAUCCUUUAACAAAGGCAGCACCUUUGCGUAAACGAAAGAAACCUCGGAAUUCGGUAGCCACCAUCACAACGCAAUUAGACACUAGUGAUGAAGAAGAUGUGACAUCAGAUUUUAACAGUGGUGGUGUAACAGUAAGCCCAACUGAGUUGAGAGCAGUAACUGGUCCAGGAGGGAAACUGUACACUGAACCAACGCCGGUAGUGCCUGCAAAAAAAGGACCAGGCCGGCCACGGAAAACUGCUGGCAAUGGAAGUGGAAAGAAAACCAAUCCUACUUCAAUUGUUAUCGCUUCGAAAGGUCCCAAAUUAACAGCUAGCAAGGAUGUUAAUAGUAGUGCUGUGGUUGCUAAAAAGGCCCCAACAAAAAGAGGAGCUUCUCGUCAAAAUUCAAAUUCGACUGGCAUCAUUCCGAUGAAAUCAUACUCUCAAACUACACAACCGGGGGCACUAUCAUGCCCUCCAACCAUUGAUACAUCCUCAUCGGGUUCAACGUCGUAUUCAACAUCGAAAUCCUCUAGUUCGUCUUCUUCGGAAACAGAAUGUGAAGAUGGGGUUAUAAGCGGUUCAUCAUCCGGUGAUAAUAAUAAAAAUAAAGUCGCAGGUGCUACAAAAAACAAAACGUCAACAUGCUCAGUCACAGCAAACAUAUUGCCUGCUUCUACUAGUCGCAUUAUAGUUCAAUUGAACAGACGUAAAUCUUCACAUGGUGAUGUCCCACCAGUUGCAAUCUCCUCAGUAAGCACCAGUGGUUCGGCAAAAGUGACUAAUAGUGGCAAGCGAAAGAGGUCAACGUCACAUUUCACUCAUGCCAAAGAGGAGGCUGAUAGUGAUGAUGAAUCAUCAGAUUCCGGAUCUGGUUCGUACGGCAGUUCGGUCAGGAAUUAUAACGCAGGUACAACGACAACUAAUUCCAUAACACAAGGUGGCAAUACCAGUGGUGGCAGUUCGCAUCGCUCUCAGAAUAUGCAAUCGCCAUAUAAAGUGCCCAUUCCAGCGGCUCCUGAGUCUAGUUCGACUUUCAGCUCAAGUAUCGUGUCAUCCUCGUCAUCGAGUAGCAGCAGUGGGGAUGAAAAUUUUGGUACAGAGUCUGGCGCAUCGGUUAGUAAUCGAGGUAUAAGUAAGCACAGUAAAACUAAUAGUAAUAGUAAAGUUACUGCUAAUACCAGCUGCAGUUCCAACAGUUCGCGACUGCGUCGUGACAAGAACAAAGCAGGCGAUGCAAAUAAGAUUUUUACGCUUACGCGUAUUUUUAAUCCAAAAGAAGGCGGUGCGAAAAGGCAAGGUCAGGUGCUGGUCAUCGACGAGCAGCAGAAACCAAAGUUGAUAUCUCCCAAUGCCUCUGGAUAUAGAACUACAGUUUCCGCCAGCUCAACGUUAUCUAUUAGCCAAGAGAAUCUCGUUGCAACCGCCACAGUUGUUAAUUCACAAUCACCUAGGCUAACUCCCGGGCAUAUGAAAUCACCACGUGCUUUGCCUCAACUGGCAGCAGUCGGGUCGCAUCGCACACCGGAUCGUAGUAGUCGAAAUAGUGCUGAACGUAAAGUGCAACAACAGCGCAUUAGAACACCGUCUUGUACACCUACUCGCACACCACCUACGACCCGCACACCAACACCCACACCGGCAUCACUACUAUCGGCACCAACAGCAUCACCUAUAAGAACAACAGUAACGGUGUUGCCUAAUGUCCCAUCCCUUAUAUGUAAAGUUGAUUUAUCUCGACUUAAACGCAUUUUACCAGAGUGGCGUACAAAUACUUAUCGACUUUCUAAUACUAGUAUAUCCCGUUGUGCUCAACACGAAGCGAUAUUAAAUGCUGAUUUGCAAGCAACAUCUGCCAUUACUGGUUGUAGUGGAAGUGGCAACAGAACACCCACAACACCAAACUGUCCGCCAGAACGGGAAUUAUCGCAUCCCAGGGAAAGUUUGGUUGGAAUUGGUGUUAGCGGAAGCAAACAAAGACUGAACACAAUGCAUUCAAAUGGCCGCCUGAGCAAUCUUUCCACAGAUGGUGGUGGCAGCGGUGAUACAACCCCCAAACAGCAGCCUCAACUUACGCCAAAUGGUUAUAACUUAGUUACGAAUGCAUCAAAUAGUUCACCCUCUACUAAGCAGUUAUUAAAACAUGAGCAAUUAAUCAAAAAUGAACCAGGUUCUGAGUUAGAGAGUGUAUCCAUGGCGUCACAGCCUAAAGCUGACGCUUACUGCAGCGAAACUAAGUUUAAAACAAGCGGAUCAGUUAAACAAGAGCUUCUACUACUUAAGCAGGACUGUAAGUCUGGUUUAACUCCACAAAUUGCUUUUGUAUCGGCUGAUAAGGAAGAUGAUCGGCCUGAUGUGUCACCAACUUCACAGCAAAUGCGCGUACACGAUAUAAUUGAGCCAAAAUCGCAACGGCGCAAACGCAGCGCCAGCUCGAGCCCGUACAAAGACAAAAAGCGGAAAAAAGAUAAAAUAGACAAGUAUUCCAAAGAUGGUAAAGAUAUGAAGGAGGGGAAGGAAAGUGAUGUCGGCAGUGGUCCAUUAUUAACAAUACCAGAUAAAGAGAAGGACGUUGGUAAAUCGAUAACUGCUUUGGGAGCUAUUGAACGUGAUAUAGGAAGUAGCGCUAUUGGUGGUGGACAUGCUGGUGGAAAUGACACGUGUCGACGUGCAAUUGCUAUAAUUCCGCCACUUGGAAUGAAGAACAAUGGGCAAAUGGAGAAGGAUCAUCAACUGGAAAAUCGGGAAUUAGCUCCUACCAACCACGAUCGAUUACUGGCGGUGCGACAAAUGCAGCAACAACAGCAUAUUACUAAUGUUGCGACCUCGAACGGCUCACAAAAUCUAACGAACACCCAAACGCCAAGUAAUAAUUUAAAUACAGCAACGACUGCAGAUAUUGCUGCUGGUAAUAUAGUGCCACCUGAAAAUGUAAACGCUCCAUUAGCACCACCACCGCAAGUAAUAUACCGAUCAUAUUUUGAACGAGAUGAUGAUGGGCUCUGUGAUGAUAUUGGCAAAAAUUCGAAAUUUCUACAAGAAGCAGUUAAGAGAAAGCACGCGGCCGACAAGGAACAAAAUCUAUUCAAUCAAGUAACACUGUAUUUGGAGGCUGUUAUAUAUUUUAUUCUAUCUGGAGCGGUACUAGAACAGCAUCGUAAUUCGGAGGACACCAGUUGGGUUAUGUACAAGGAUACACUAAAUUUAAUUAAGUUUAUUUCAUCGAAAAUUAAGCAUUUGCAAGUUUCAUCUACAUCUAAUGAACUCCAUGAGCCGCACAACAAAGUUGCUAUCUUAAGUUUACGUUGCCAAUCUCUAAUCUCGCUAAAACUAUAUAAAUUAAAACGAAACUAUUGUCGAAAUAUAAUCAACCAUUGCGCUGAUUUUUUAAAAAGUGGUCGGAUGGAAAUUCUUAAUGGUAAUACACCUUCAUCUAACUCGCCAUCGAACUCGGUUUGUUCACAGGGCUCUGGUUCGAAUACACCUCCCGGACGGGGUAUGCGUCAAGAUAUUCAUACUACAUUAAGUCACCAAAAUUUGUACUUCAAUUACUUGGCUAACUGUCAUGAUUUAUGGGAUCAAGCGGACCGACUUGUACGGCAAGGAAACCAUACUGAUUUCUUCAUCGCAUUGGAUCGUGAAAAUGGACCUCUUACGCUACACACCUCCAUGUAUGAUUUGUUUCGUUAUAUACAAUCGGGUCUUAAGAAACUGAAAAGUGCGAAUACCACCACCACGACGUCUGCCUCUGCUACAACUAAUACUAGUGGAUGCAGCGGUAGUGUGACUAUAACCGACAAUGCCUCAACGGCUUAUGCUAAUACUACUACCACACUUAAUAACACCACACCCACCAUCAACAAAAGCGGCAGCACCGUAAGUUCGCAACAACCGCAGUAGUGAUGAAAUUGGUGGUAUAUGCCUUUAUAGAUUUAUACUUACUUGGGUGUAUGUGCUGUUAUUUUUUUCAUUAAACAUCCAAAAAACUUCUUCAUCGGCGCAUAAAAAGAACGUAGUUGCAUUUCUUAUUCUCUAACUUAGAAUUUAGACAUUAAAACGGAUUUCGUGCUAUAUACACAUACGUAUAUAUGUUGAAUUGGGACGAGUGAGUGGCAGGCAGAUCUUUGCUUGUUGAUCAUGAAGUUCAUUAGUAAAACAAAGUGUUACAGUUUAUAAUAAUAUUGUUUUUAUUAUUACAUUAUUAUUGCUAUUAUACAAUUAACCCAAAAAAAUUUAUCAUCAACGCUUAAUUUAAAAAAAAAUGAAAAAAUACAAAUACCUGUUUUAUUUUCUAUUUACAUGUAAAGAACUUAUAAUUUAACAUCAUGAUUAUUAGUUUAUUUAAAGUUCUUUAUUUUGCAAAGGUGUAUAUAUAGAGGAAAUUAAUAAAAAAUAAUAUUAAAAAUAUCACAUGUUUUGUAAAUAUUUAGUUUGCGUAAUGCAAUGAAGCAAAUGUUAUUACAAUCAUUACUUUUACUGCUAUUUAAUCAAUACCUAUUUUAAAUUAUUUAUAAAAGGGAAUAUAAACCACGGUUAGAAAGUUGGCGAAAAUUUAAAUUGUUUAUUUUAUUGCAUGUAAUUGUACUCAAAUAAAAAUUUUGAGGAAUUUGUUAAUUUUCAUUUUUUACCAUAAGAAAUAUAUAUAGUUAAAUGAUAUAUAUUUUUCACAUCACACACUUUUACGUUUUAUUUUUUUUUAUAGUUGAAACCCUCGGGUAACAUUAAGAUGGAUUUAAAAUUAUUAAUUUUUAUUAAAUGGUUGCUGGUCCUUGGGUCGCAUGUGAUAAAUAAAAGAACACAUUCAUUUAAAGAAGAGUAUGUUUACAAAUUAGAACAAGCACGCUAAAAGUACUUCUUAUUAGAUCUGGCUAAUCCAUUAUUAUGGAUUAAUAAUUUUUGCCAAACUAUAGUUAAUCUUAUUUAAAUAUAAAAGACGUUAGCCUUUUGUUUAUUUUGCUAUCGCUCAAAAUACCAUAUUUUUAAAUGACAUGUACGUACCGAUAUAAAAAUAUAAAAUGAUGAUUAGUAAAAAUAAAUUUAAGUAUGUUACCAACGUGCCUAUGUGGUCCAGCAAUCACAAUAUUUAUUUAAAUUAGAGAAAUACAGAAAUAUAUGAAAUUAAGAAAUAAAAUUGCCAAAAUAAUUUACAUGUUCUCAUUAAAUUUUGCGUUUUAUUAUUAUUUUUAUUAAUAUUGCUACAAGGAAUGGUCUAGGCUACGAAGUUAGUUUCUAUUACCAAUUACUCUUCAUUUCUGUCACGAAUUUCAAAAGCAAAAUCGUUAAUGUGCAAUAGAUUUAUAUUUAUUUUUUCAAAAAAUUUUAUAAUUUAAAGGAUAUGCAAAAAGGCCUAUGUCUGGUAGAACAGCUAAUAACUUAUUAAUAGCAUGUUUGAUUACAGACGGCAACCAAUAAAAUAUAUAACUCUGUUAUUUUGUUUAUAGAGAAACCUUUUAACCUGUUUAUUAUUUUGAUUCGGAUAUUUUACCUAAACACUUGCAUAAACUUUACUAAAAAUUAGUUAAUAGUUAAAAAUAAAAAUAGUGAGGAAAUAACGACUCAUUCAUUUAUUACACAUUUCGAGAUUUUGUAAUUAGUAUUCAAAAAAUAAACACAAAAAAUGUAUAAUUAGUAAAUAAAAAUAAAAUUAAUCGGGAUAUAGAAAAAAUACAAUAUACAUUCAUUAUGAUAUAUUUAUAACGUAAACUAAAAUUAAAUUAAAUAAAUACAACCAGACUAACGAAAUGAAGUUGAAUGAAUACAUUGGAUAUUUGUGGGUUGCCUUCAAUAUAAGUAUGAAUGCCUACGAAUAUAUUUAAAUGCAUUUAUAUCAAAUGAAUUUAAGUAAACAAAGGCAUGUUUUUAUUAUUUUUUGGUUAAUUUGUAUAAAAAAUAUGCAUAAUACAUAUGUUUUUAUACAAUGGUAACUAUUAAAGUAUAAAAUAAGAAACUAUAUUUGAUUGACGAAGGGAAAAAGUUUAAAAUUAAUAUAACGAAGAGAAUAUGUACAGCAAAAAAUAUUAUAAAAUACAUACAUACAUAUGUAAGAACGCUGAAAAUGUGAACUUUACUUUUAUUGUAGCAAACGCAUCGCUAAAAUAGGGAAACAAUUUACGACAAAGCAACAACUCAAAAAUAUUCUUAUACAGCAUAUGAAAUGGACUAUCCAAAGAGGUUCGCAAUUAAGUUACCGUAAUCAAAUGAUCCUAUUCCCAUAUUAGAAAAGGUAUUGCUCAUUAAAAAUUCCGUACCGGCGACAGUCGGUACAACGAAACUCGAACAGACCCGAAUUUUUAUCCGGCCAACUCGGCAGCAUUCUACAAAUAUAUUUGAAAAAAAUUUUUAUAUCACAACAACAACAAGAACUGCGAUAUUAAAAAAAUUAAGACAUGCCAGUUAUCGCUAUUUUGUUUUAAAGGGAAACUAUUUAUGGCUUCUCUUUGUUGAAAGCUGAAUACGUAUUGUGCAAGACUGAAGCGAAAUAGAGAUUGACAUGUAUACAUAUUGGCUCAAGUUCUACGAGUAUCCGAAUAUAAUGAAAACUUACACAAGCUAAAAUUCAGAUGCGGUAUCUGCCAAGCGAAAAAGGAUCACAAAACUAAAUCACAAAUUUCAUAGAAUUCAAUUUAAUAUUAGAAUAGUAAAGAAAGAAGUGUAGAUGAUAAUGAAGUAAUCGAAAGGAUGUUUGUUCUACUCGAAGAAAACUAUAAAUAAUAGGGCUUUAUAUAAAAAAUUGGCUAUAUCCAAAUAGGUAUAGUUAGAAUCGAAAAUGGAAUUGAAUAAAUAUAUAACAUGAAUUCAAUUUGUACUUUUGAAUAAAAACUAUGCAAUGAUAUUUGAAUUUAACAGCAAUAAAGUAUAACAUAGGAUAGAAUAAAUUAAGUUUAAAAUAUUAAUUAUUAGUAAUUAGUAAAAAUAUGAAAAAAUUGGUAAGAUAAUUUAAGUGGAAACCGUUAGUUCUUUUUAAGCAAUUCAUUCUAAACCAAUCAUUAGAAAGCAAAUAUAAGAACAACAAUUGAUGUUUAACAAACGUAGUUUUCUAUAAACAAAUAAUUUAAGAUAUUCUAAAAGGAGAAAAUACAUAUUUAUAUAUAGGUAUACUAAAAAGUUAGAAGGGAAUAGAUGUAGUAUAAAAAACAACGGCAAAUUUGUAGUUAUAUAUGUUAGGAAUAAAAAAAACUAAACAACCAAGCACCAAGUUAAUUUUCUGCAAGAAAUAUAAUUAGGAGUAUUAAUAAUGAAAUGCCAAGCGUAUAAUUUGGAAAGUACUCCAUUGUAACAAAACAAAUUUAUAAAUAAUAUUUAUAACUUAGCCUUAGAAAUGAACAACAAUAUAUUUUUUGAUAAAUGAAAAUAAAAUUACGAAUAUUAAAAUGUAAUGAACAUACCUUAAACCACUUUUUCAAUACAUAACACAAAUAUUUAUUUCUAUAUUUUUGAGGUUAAGAUAUCUUAGAGAUGUGGUUUAUGAAAUGUACACUCUUUGAAAUAAACUUAUCUCAGAAUAGUUAUAAACCAAAAUGCAAGUUAAUCGUUAUUAAUAAGUUGCAUAUGUAUGUAGACAUUUGGUUUAAUUAAAUUUACUUACCAAAUGUAAUUAAAAGUGGAAUUAAGUUUGUAACAACCAUUAAAAAAUUAUAUAUAUGUAUACAUAUUGCAGUAAUUAAAUAAAAUGAACAGCAAGUACCAAAAUAUUACUAAGCAAAUCUUGUAUUUUGUACAAAUAUAAAAUAAAUAGCGAGAAACAUUUGAAACAAAGGCAACAACAAAAUUACACAACGGCUACAAAAAAUAUUAUUACAUAUAUACAAAUUAUAGAAAAUAAUUGUAUCGUAUAUUAUUAAUAUUAUACUUCUUAUAAUUACUUACUUAUUAUACCUUAAUUUUGUAAAGAAAAGGAAAUGUAGGAGUAAUGUGAAAAUAAAAGAUUAACUGAAUACAAAACACAUAUGACAACAACAAAAUCAACGUUCGUUUAAUGCAGAAGUAGUUGUUUUAUCAAAAAAUGAACAAUACAAAAAUGCGAAACACUGAAAUAAAGAAAAUAAAAUAUGAAA